CAAUACUAGGCUUUUGAAGUAGAAAAGAAUGAAAUAUUUUGUCAAUGUUGAAACGACCGCGCACCUUGGUGACGGUUUUUAUUGGUAUAAGCGGCUGUAAAUUAUGUUGCAGGUUAAUUGGAUUUUUGUACAGACUAAUGAGACACCAGCAAGAAAGUUCGCUCUAGAAACACCCAGGCUUCUUAGAUCAACAUGAAAGUGUGCAAUACCUGGCAUAAACAAAGUGUUUUUCCAAUGACAGACAGUACUAGGCAGUUGUUUUAGCGUAAAGAGCAUUUAUGUGUGGUACAUUGAAAUAUUGCUAAAUAGAGGUGUAGCAAUGGUUCUAAUGCAGGGUUUGGUAAAGCAUUCAGGAAUACUUGUAACAAUGGAGUUUGGAUAAUUCUUGCCAGUUAUUGGGAUAUUGUUGUUUCACAAAAGUGUUUAAAAACCGUAUAAAAAUAAAUGUGGUUUUAUUCCACCAGCUUAUAUAUGACGUAUGGUUCACUAACACCGCAUGAUACAUACAGGAUUGAAAGGGAAUAACAAACAAGGUUUAUCAAUAUUGAUAAAGUCGUCAGUAUAGUAGACAAAUUUAAAAUUUAGAUAUAUAUCAUAUAGAUUCAUUUAUCACUCUGUUUGAAGUUAACUGAUUAAAGUCACUGUAUGGAAGCACAGGGAGUACAUUCAGUACAAGGUGACUUUUUUAUAAACUGAGUGCUAAGAUAUCUCCAGUUACAAAAAUAUGAACUAUCAAAAAGACAGAAAUAUGAACUACUAAAGACAAGUUUGAAAUGCAGUAUGAAGUUCCAUAACCUACAUGGAUCAGCAAUCACGUUAUCAGAGGGAAAGACAGUGGCAACACGGUCAGACGCCCAUUUCUGCAAUGGUGUUGUCUUUAGCGACCAGCCUAUCAAAGUUGGACAAAAAGUUAGUGUUGAAUUGGGAUACACAAAUAACUGGAGUGGGGCUCUCAGGAUUGGAUUCACAGUCAAUGAUCCCGCCAGGUUUGGGACCCAGGAAUUGCCAAAAUAUGCGAUACCUCAUCUUGCUAAGAAGGAAGGUUACUGGGUUCGGCCUAUCAGUGAAAACUUAACUGGAGAAGGGUACCAGCUGAUGUUUUAUAUCAGUAGUGAUGGAAAUGUACAGUUUUUUGUGAACAAUGAACACAAGGGGGCACUGCUUGUUGGACUUCCUGUUGACAAGGGAUUCUGGGUACUGUUUGAUAUAUAUGGCAACACCAAAGGCAUUAAGUUUGUAAAGCCAGACGAUGCACCAAAAGAGAUUACAGCUCGAGGACCGGAAGCUAUCAAAGCAUUUGAGUCAGCAUGUAUAUCAGGAAUGAGGCCUGUGUAUAGGACUAGACUGAUGCUUGUGGGACAAGAUGGGGCCGGCAAAACGAGCCUGAAAAAAGCUCUUCUUGGACAGCAAAAUGGUAAAGACGAGACUGAAGAAACACAAGGGAUAGAUUUAUCAACUUCCUGUACGUUCUGUGUAGGCAGCCAUGACAGCUGGACUGUAACUGGAGCAAACACACAGGAAGUGACACAAGAUGAUAACAAGGGCAUUAUGGGUGAUGUUGAAGCAUUGGAGGAGGAAUAUAACGAGGCAUUAGCUUCCAACAUUGUACAGGAGCUGCUGUAUCAGAAGAGACGGAAAGCCUCGGUCUCGCAGAAACAGAAACCAGCAUCGCGAGAAUCUCAGAGGGGGUCUGCUGCUAAAAAGUUCCCAGGUAAACCUUCGUCCGCCAGUAUUACAGCCAAAUUUAAUGAGAUUCCUACAGAAAUGUUUAAAGAAGUUCCGGACAGAGUUGUAGAGUUAGUGCAAAAAAUGUUGGACAAUUCCUCUGCAGAAGUGAAAUCCCAGGACUCUGUUUCCAUUGCAACUAAGCCAGUUGAUGGAGCUAAAAUGGUGCUAAAUAUUUGGGAUUUUGCAGGAAAAGAAGUGUAUUAUGCGACACAUCAAAUUUUUUUGACUAGUCGGGCAUUAUAUGUUUUUGUGUUCAAUUUAACCCAUGAUCUUGAGGAAGUUACCUCGGAAUCAGAGGAAGAUUCAGAGAAGCUUUCCACGCUGGAGUAUCUUGACUUCUGGUUGAGGUCAAUAUAUGCCCAUGCUUCAACAACAAAUAAAGCCUCAGAGACCAGAACGUUUUCUCCACCUGUGUUGAUUGUAGGGACUCACAAAGACUGUUUGCAUUCUGAGACAGAUCUCAUCAGCAAGGCUGUUGAGGAGAAGUUUUCUCAGAUACAGGAGUUUCUGAUCGGAAAACCAUAUGUCCAACACCUAGUCACGCCUUUCUUUGCAAUAGACAAUACACUGGAGGGCACAGAGUUAGGAGAUUUGAGAAAGGAAAUAGAAGACAUAUCUUGCCAAGAACCUUAUAUAGGUGAACGUAUGCCAAUACGAUGGAUCAGGUUUGAACAGGAGAUAAAUACCCUGAAAACUCAGGGGACACAUUAUGCCUCGUAUGAUCAGGUGACGGAGGUGGCAGGACAUCUAGGUGUGUCGGACUACAGGGAAGUUAUGACAAUGCUCGAGUUCUACCACGACCUCGGAACUAUUGUAUACUAUGGUAGUGGGAAAUCAGCCAUUGAUAAUCUGUUACGCAACACUGUUAUACUCGACCCUCAGUGGCUUGUUGAUAUGUUCAAACAUGUGAUAUCCUCAACAUGGAGGCCAGAGGAUAAGUGGAAUUUGAUCCGUGACAAGUGGACAAGACUUGUGGAGUUUGGUGUUCUGGAAGAGACUUUGCUCGAGACACUCUGGCACGAGGCACUGGAUCAGAAAAUGUUGCUGCUAGGAUUGCUCGAGAAAUUUGAUCUGGUCUGUCAACGUCUUCCAAGUGUUGCUGAGUCACAGGCUGCUGACUACACAAGUAACCGUUGUUUCUAUGUACCUGCUCGUCUAUCUAGAUAUACUGGUGCAAAUAAACUUUACACUAUCGGAGAAAAUGAUGUCAUUUUCUACAUCAACUUCCAUGGAUUUCUACCUGGUGGUUUGUUUCAAAGAAUUUUGACCCGUACAACAAGAUGGAGUCAGGAUAAUGGCGGACAGAACCCGUAUUUCCUGUAUAAACAAGUUGUACGAUUCUUCCUGGAUACAGAACAUGACUUUGUCCUUGAAAUGUCACCGAAGAAAUACAGCAGAAUCAAGGUUGUUGUAUUGAGAGUGUCUGAGUCAGAAACCGCUCGAGAUGAGAAACAGACGCUUGAUAAGUUAUCUCCCCCUAGACCUGAAGCUUGUGCCAAAGUUCGUAAUUUUUUGGAAUCUAGUCUGUGUGAGUUACGUGAGAUGUGGAUGAAGAGAAUAUCUCACACUGUAUGUGUUCGUUGCCCCUGUGAAAGAGUUUGUGAGACCCACAAAACAGAGGGGUGUGCUCAAGAAUCUUGCCUCCAUUUCCUUAAUCUAGAUGAAUGUAUAGCAAACAAGGUUGUAAUGUGUGAUCAUAGACGAAUAAGAACUGGACCAAUCAAGAAAUGUUUUCCUGAACCAUUGACACUAGGAUUUAAUGGCCCUGUCUUGCCUGAAGUAUCCCUCACUGAUACAUGUGGAAACAUAGAGAAACACUGCCCUACAUUGCCAAACUGGGUGAAAAGUGCUGCCAAACUUCUCAACUCUGGUGAAGUAGGGAAAGAUUUGAAUGCUUUAGCCAAAGAAUUAGGUUACAAACCGAACCAGAUAAACAAGUUUAACGAUGAUCUCAAUCCUGGACUGGUUCUACUAACUGACUGGAUUAUCAGCAGUGGUAACACUGGUCUGUCUGUAGACAUGCUCACAGUCUACCUGGAGAAAAUUGACAGAGAUGAUGUUGUAGAGAUCAUACAGAAAGCACAAGAAUUGGACCAUGAACCUGCCCAGGUUUUCAUCAGUUACCAGUGGGACAGUCAGGACGAGGUGAAGGUAUUACGUGACCGACUUGAGCGCUCGGGAUUCAUGUGCUGGAUGGAUAUAGGUCAACUAGGUGGUGGAGAUCAACUCUAUACGAGGAUAGAUGAAGCUGUCAGACAAUGUAAAGCUGUGAUAUCAUGUGUUAGUCCUAAGUAUGUUGUAUCUUCCCACUGUAUGAAGGAGAUCAGUCUAGCGGACCUGCUGCGUAAACCCAUAAUCCCAGUGAUGAUAGAGAAAACUGUGUGGCCACCACCAGGGGGCAUGGCGCUCAUCUUUAGUCAACUUGUCUACAUAAAUAUGAAAGGUGUUGGCGGUCACGGAGGGACUGGAAUACAUGCAGAUAAAAACGACAAAUAUAAAGAAAUUAUUCAACGAAUCAGUUUGUACGCAGUCCCAGAUCUGUCUCGGUGUACAGACACCGAAACUGAGGCGGAGAGCAAGAGUCAGUAUAUAGACCAUGACAUACUGAGUUCAAACUAUUCUGUAAUGGAAGCUGGGGACCGGUACAGUCUAGGAACAAGAAGUUCAAUGAAUUCAGCAUUUACAUUACGCAGAGUUUAUGGACAGGAUGUAGCUGAAACUGUCGCUGUUCAGAGAGCGGCACCUAGACCAGUGGAGGAGGUCCAUGUACAUCAAUGCAGAAUUUGUACAAUAUUGUGAUAAAUUAUAACUAUAUAAUGUUUUAUCUAAAAGAUAGGUACAAGUCUUCGUUACAUGUUCGGGGCCAGUUAAUUUUUAUAAGUACAUGUAUUCUGCAAGAUCCAUUGUUGUGAUUGCACAUUGGAUUUGAAGUUAUUCUAACAACCAUUGCAGGACUGGUUCUACGAGACAAAUGUAACGUGUACGAGGCUCCCUGAAGAGUAAUAAAGGCACAAAUCAAGAAAUAUUUAUUUUGUUUAGGCCUAAAAAUUUUGUUUGUUCAGGGUGGUCUGACCUCAUUAAAGAACUAAUUCUAGUUCUUUACCUAUGUAAUAUUACAUUUUUUAUUUUUAGCUCCACUAAAAUUUUUCAAAUACUAAGUAGAGCUUUAAUAAUAACCCUUUGUUUGGACUUGGACUCGAUGUACAUGUAAGUAGGUUUCUACGAAACUACUGGGCCAUAAUGCUUUCAAACUUUAUACAUGUCUAUGUCUUUGGCAUCAUUAAUUUUGCUGACCACCCAGGACAAGUUACAUGACUCUAGCUUUUAUUUUGUCAAGAUUUUGCCCCUUUUUAACAUAGAAAGUUUGUGACAGUUUCACAAGUAAGUAUGUCUCUCAGGAAAUACUUGACAAAAUGUUUUCAGAUUCUCCACAUAACUUUUGCAUUAUGGAAUAACCUUAUUUGGCAAGGUUCAUAAGUCUUGCUUACAUUUUAGCAAAGUUAUGCCCCCUUUUCAACUUAGACAACUUUACUAAAGCUUUUGUAUAUAAGCUAUUAUUAGGUGGAAGGGCUUUAAAUAGAUAAGUGUGCUGUCAUUAGGAAUCUCUUGUCUAUUUAAGAAUAAAUUGCCUGCUAAUUUCAGGGACAGUACCUAAGCAAACAAUUAUUUUUUAGGCCUUAGAGGGCAUUUUUAUUCAUUUAGAUUUGUAUUAAAUACAUGUAAAUUUGUUUAUCAUGUUAAUGUAAGUUAAGCAAAUGUUAGUUUUAAUUAGGAUUCAAUUUUGUCAAAAGAUUUUUUGAUCAAAGAUGUUUUUACAAGAAUAUUUAAGUUCCCGAAAGCUUGUUGGUUUUGUUGUUUUUUGUUCAUGUUCAGGGCAUACAUGUACAUGAAUGAUACAUAUAUUGUUUAUAUAAACAGGGUGACUUUUAUUUGAACAUAUAAAGAGUGUAUUUAUAUUAUUGCAAGGUUUUUUGAUGGUGAUGGAAUCUCUUCUUGUUACAGUAUCUCUACAGAUCUAACAGUUCUAUACAACCCAAUUUUAUUGUUGUUAAAAUUUCUUCUGUUACUGUUUUCCUUUGCUUGUUUUUGUUACUUUACAAAAAUACUUUACAUAUCUUUCUUUAAUCAUGAAUAUUGCAAUUGUUCAGUGAAAAAUGAAGGAUAAAACAUUGCCAGCAGAUAAAUGUAGUGUCAGUUGUCAUAGUAAUUAAGUUAUAUUGUUCAGUUUCAGUUUGUAUAGAGAAUUAGAGUUAGUAGAGUUCAUAUAGUACAUACAGACAGUCUUUUUUCACAGACAGUCUUUAUUCAUGGGCAGUCUGUGUUAACAGGCAGACAGUCUAUGUUCACAGGCGGUCUGUAGUCACAGGCGGUCUCUGUUCACAGGCAGUUUAUGUUCACAUACUGCCUUUGUUCACAGGUGGUCUGUGUUCACAUACAGUCUUUAUUUACAGUGUAUCUGUGUUCACAGGCAUUCUUUGUUCAUUGACAGUCUAUGUUCACAGGCAACCUGUGUUUACAGACAGUCUAUGUUCACAGGCAGCCUGUGUUUACAGACGUUCUACGUUCACAGGCAGUCUGUGUUUACAGACGGUCUAUGUUCACAGACAGGCAGUCUGUGUUUACAGAUGGUCUCUGUUCACAGACAGGCUGCAUUUAGAGAUGGUCUAUGUUCACA